AUGUAUCUGACUUCUAGAUUUUUCCUCUCUCGCUCGGUCAAAUACUACUCUACCAAAUUCGAGCCUCCCAAAAAGGAGCAAAGGGACAAGACCCAACUAUCUAUUAACAUCCAAAAGUUCCUCGCCAAGAAAGAGGAAGAAGAAAAACAAAAAGCCUUAGAAGCAAAACGCAAACGCGAUGAACUCCUAGCCAAACGCGACCCCAAACUAAAGAAAAAGAUCUUAAAACAUCUCAAAGUAUGCAAAAGUGCAAACAAAUCAGUCCUAGCCGAUGCCAUAGAUAAUGAAAACACUGCUGUCACGAUACAAGGCAUGGAGCAACCAGACGAAGACGACUAUGGAUUCGUUUCUGAGGCUGCUUCUGCUUACCACAAUAAAAUUAUGGAGAAAUAUUACAGCAAACCGGAGGAGAAGAAGUUUUCAGAUCGUAUAAAGAAUGUUAACAACGAUUUGACCGGGAUAAAAGACAGAGUUCGUGCUGCAAUAGAACGCGAAAAAGAAGAAGCUUUGUUGCCUCAUAAGAGACACCGCAAGACCAAAGCUGAAAUGGCUGCCUUAAACGGUGAUGAUAGUGGUUUGAAUUUCGGCAGAUCUGUUCUCGCAGAUUGUUACAGCAAUGAACCUGAAAAAAAGCUUGAAGUCGUCAAACCUAAACCCAAACGACCUCCGAUGCCCCCGCCUUGGAUUACACACAAUUACUUAAAAUCGCGGAACAAAAGAAAGACGAACCUAUCAAAAUUGAACCUAAGAUCGAGAAAAAAGAACCAGAACGUUUGAUGACCAGCAAAGAACGCCGAGAGUUCGAAGAAAUGCAGGCAAGGAAACAGGGACGCAAACAAAGAGACUUGGAUCGCUUGCAAGCUAUGAAAAACAAGUCAAAAGGUGCCAGCAGUAGUAAAUCUAGUGAGGAACAAAAACCUAAACCGGUUGUAAACAAUCCGAGUGGUAGAAUUCCUAAACUUAACGGCUACAAACCGAAACCAGAAGCUGAUCGGCAAUCCAAACCUUUACCAAAUGACCCUCAAAUGCGACCAAAA